CUCUUCCCCUUUCCCGGAGAACUUGCGGGAGUUGAUUGAGUGCCGCUCCAGGCAAACUUCCCAUGUGCCCCUUGAGCAAAUGGACUAGUGGCACAGCCCCUGUCAGGAUUUAACAGGCCUGAUGCUUGCUGAGCAUGUUCAGCGCUUUACUUUCUCAUGAUCCUGCCUCCCACUGCAACAAUCCUCUACCCACUUUCUUGGGAGUAAGCACCAUUCAACCCUAUGGGAUGGACUUCUGCAUAGACAUGUAUGUUGUCAGUCCUACUUUGCAGGCAAGUUUCCCUAGCUGGACAUUCUUGGGCUGGAGAUAAUUGAUUGGGUUGUUUUUAAUAGUUUUUAAUAGUUGCCUGCGCUUUAUUGUACAGUUGGUUUGAUCAGGGAUGCUAACAAAAAAUAUAACAGCGAGUGUAUUGUAAACAGUGUUGAGAGCUUGUUACAGGGUUAUAGAUUUUAGCAAGCCAAGAAGUCUUGCUUCUCUCCCUUUUUACAUAAAACUAGUGCUCCUCUUUGUGCCCUGUCCUGAGCAACACCAGCUGGACUUUCAUAGUCCAGGCCCUUCCGUGUCUCCUAGGUUUGCCUGUCUCUCUUCUUCUUGUCAUCCCUGUUGAUGUAAUGAAAUUAGAAUGAGUAGACUACUGAACCUGAGCCAUUAUGUAACCUAUUCUGUGAGAAUCAGAAAGCCCAUAUAUGAGCUCACUCCCUUUUCUUGUAGGCGGAUCAAUCACAAUAUAACUGCUGCAAAGGGAUUACCAUACUUUUCUAUCUACAAGACAAGAAGGAAAUGGGGUCUCCUGAAGCAGCUAAGAGGAUCCUCCCAGCGUGGAUGACAAAGAGGGCGACUGAGCCAGCACAGCAAGCAGAGAUGAAGCUAAAGAGAAGGAAGAAGGCAGCUUUGGCAAAAUUUGAGACUAUCUAUUGUAUGAAUGAAGCUGAGCUAGUAGAUGCAGCUCUUUGCAUUAUGGCCGAGAAUUGCAAGGCCAAGGAAGCAGAGACAACUUCGUCAGAAGAUGAGUCCCAAGAGCCUCAGCAAGUGCUGGAAAAUCCUCUCUGCGGUUCAGUUAGUGGCAGCCACCAAGGCAGAAGAACUCCCAGUGUUGGAGCCAAACCCCCAAAGGAGUUGAAGGCUUUAGGCUGCAGUGAGAAGACUAAAUCUGAAGAGGAGGAGGAUGCCUUAAAAUAUGUCCGGGAGAUCUUCUUUACUUAACUUUAAAGCAUAAGCGGAUAAUGCCUUAUUUGAGACUGUGGCAAUUUGGACACAUGAAAGUCACGAGGAUCGGUUGCCCAUCCCUGUUCUGUAAAGGAUUGCUAAGAUAAUGUUGGUGAAGCACUUAAAAAAAGUUUUUUUUUAAAGGGGGAUACAGAACUGGUAGAUAAGAUAAAAUGCCUCCAAUUGAUAUUUGUUCUGUUUUUAAUAAGUCACACCGAGUAGUGUUUAACAAAACUUUAAUUUCAAUAUCUCUUGUAUAAGUAACAAAACUUGGGUUUGGCCACAACACACUUGAAAAACUGUUCUUUGGCUACAAUUGUAUGUUAAGUUUCCCAAAUGCUUUGUUUACACUUAAUAGGAACUGAAGGAAAAGAAAAACCUCCCAGCAUCACAUAGCAAUAUGGCUACGCAUCAGCAUAUAUAUAAUUUAGAGAAUGCUCCCCACUUUUAUCAGUCACUAUCAGUAUUCUCAUAAUAGCAGCAGCAGCAGCUAGGUGUCUGCAACGUGUGUUCAAACCAUAUAAACGAAUUAUUUUGCAAACUAAAUACAAAGGAAACCAGGAAUCUUGCACAUGGCAGAGAUGGGGGGGGGGGCUGUGACCCUGGAGUAAGAUUCCCAUAGUCCCUCCUAGGACUGGUGGGAGCUGGCAGUCCCAACAGCAUCAGGAGGGCUGCAAGGUCCCCACCCCAAGCAUAAAAGCAGCAGCCCUGUGCACUGUUACGUUUGAUUGAUGGCAUGAAUAAAUGGAAUAUUAGCAGCCAUCUGUACACAGGGAAGUGAAGUAAUUCUGGCUCCUGUUCAUUGAACCUGUCUUUGGUUGAAAGCUAGAAAAUACACAACCACGUCCAACUUUCAGCGCCUUUGAUCAAUACAAAAGUUGUAAAAGAACACUGUAUAUCACUUUUUUGAAAAAAAACAAAACCCAAAACUUGUGCAACAUUAGCAUGGUAGUGGUAGAACAGCAUGCUACAGUGGUAG